AUGCGGGAGGUCGACCUCCGAGUCGACUGCGCCGCUGGGUCCGGCACCGCCGCGGUCAUCCCGCACCGAGGUCGCACUGCAGCGCUAGACGGGGAGGAGCGGGGCGGCGGCGGCGCGGCCGCGGUGCCGGCGCGGGGUCAGUCGGGACAGGGCAGCGCAUCGGUUCCGCUCCUGAUGCGGGAGGUCGACCUCCGCGUCGACUGCGCCGCCGGGAACACCACCGCCGAGGUCUCCAUGCUGCGGCGCCGACGUGGGAUGAUCCAGGGCAGGGCAAGGCGUGUGCUAGGGCGGCGGCCGGCGGCCAAUGCAAAGGCGGGCGCUAGGGCGAGGGCUAUGGGAUUUGGAGCGGAGGACUGA